AUGGACGUAUGUACCUUUGGAAGUACAUGCUCCCCGGCCUCCGCACAGUUUGUGAAAAACUUGAAUGCUACCAUCCAGGCAAAGGACUAUCCGGAAGCAUCUAAGGCCAUCAUAUGUGAUACCUAUGUUGACGACUACCUGGCGAGUUUUAGUUCUCAGGACGAAGCAGCCAAAAUUCGCCUUAUCAAUAAAAAUGGAGGAUUCGAUCUACAUCAUUGGAGAUCAAAUAGUCCAGCCGUGAUGGGGGUUCUCAACGAAAAACAAUCCGUCGAGAAAAAGAAUCUCAGUGUAAUUGAUAGCACCAACACAGAGCGUGUGCUAGGACUACUGUGGGAUCCUUCCACCGAUGAGCUAAGUUUUUCGACCGAAAUGAAACCAGAAGUGCAUCAUCUUAUCCAGCAGAAUAAAAAUCCUACCAAACGACAAGUCUUGCGCUGCGUCAUGUCACUUUACGAUCCAUUGGGGAUCCUUGCUCCGUACACCAUACACGGCAGAAUUUUAAUCCAGGAGUUAUGGCGCUCAAAGAUUGGUUGGGAUGAACCUUUGAAGCCUGAAGCUUAUAAUCGCUGGACACAGUGGUUUCGUGUCAUUGAACAUAUAUCAAACAUCCGUAUUUCGAGAUGUUACUUUCCCUGUGCUGAUAUUGCAACUUAUGAAAACACCGAAUUACACGUGUUCGUUGAUGCCAGUGAGGUCGCGUACUGCUGCGUAUUGUAUCUUAGAACGUUCAACCAUGAGGCAGAUCCUCAAUGCAGCCUCAUCACAGCUAAGGCCAAGGUAGCUCCACUUAAACCGUGGUCUAUACCACGCCUUGAGCUCCAAGCAUGCCUUUGGGGUGCGCACCAGACGAAAUUCGUGAAAGAAAAUCAUAGUCUUAUAAUAUCAAGAACAAUUCUUUGGACAGACUCCAAGACAGCAUUGUCCUGGAUACAAGCGGACCCACGCAAUUAUCGACCGUUUGUGUCUAAUAGAGUUGUCGAAAUUCAAGAACUGACUUCAGAAUAUGAAUGGAGAUGGAUCCCGAGCAGAUGUAAUCCGGCAGACGAAGCGACAAAGUGGGGUUCAGGACCGUACUUCACUCAAGAAAGCAAGUGGUUCAGCGGCCCCGAAUUCCUCAAAGAACCGGAAAGCAAGUGGCCGUCCCUAAAAGAAAAUCAUACAAUCACCACCGAAGAAAUCCGAGCCUCCGCUCUGCAUCAUAUCUGCGAUCAGUCUUUGAUUUGUUACGAAAAUUUUAGCUCCUGGGAAAAGUUACAACGCACAAUCGCUUUCAUGCUACGUCUUUUCAGGAAUGCUAAGAAAGGAAGCGUUAAACAAACUGGAGAUCUACAACAAUCCGAACUGCUAGCAGCAGAAGAAGCAAUCUUCAAGCAAGUUCAGAAAGAAGUCUAUGCGGAUGAGAUUAUUGCUCUUGAAAGUACAUCCCUGAAGAAAGGAAUACCGAACGUGAUCCAGAAAGAAAGCAAAAUCUACAAGAUGUCGCCUCACUUGGACGAAAAAGGAAUAUUGCGGCAAAAUAGUCGAAUUAAAGCAGCCCAAAAUAUCGCCUACAGCGUAAAGUUUCCAAUUAUUUUGCCCAACAAUCACAAGGCCUGUGAACUCCUGGCGGACCGCUACCACCGCAUCUUUCGCCAUGGCAAUGCAGAAACUAUCGUGAACGAGAUGAGACAAAUCUAUGCUAUUGAUGGAUUGCGAGUGCUAGUUAAGAGAGUCGGUAAGGAAUGUCAGCUAUGUAUGAUACGUCGAGCCCAACCAGCCCUACCUCCUAUGGCACCACUUCCACCAGCACGACUUGCACACCACGAACGACCAUUCACGUUUACGGGAUUGGACUAUUUUGGUCCAUUACUUGUCAAACUCGGUAGAGCAAAUGUUAAACGUUGGAUUGCUCUAUUUACAUGCCUAACGACUCGAGCUGUACACUUAGAGAUAGCUUUCACACUCACAACUGCAUCGUGUAUAUCCUGCGUUCGUCGCUUUGUUGGUCGUCGGGGCUCGCCUUACGAGUUCUUGAGCGAUAACGGUACAAACUUUCAGGGAGCAGACCGAAUACUUAGAACACAGAUAAGUCAGGGAUUACUUGCCACGUUUACUAGCAGCAGUACUAAGUGGACCUUUAUACCACCGGGAGCUCCCCAUAUGGGAGGAGCUUGGGAGCGCUUAGUUCAAUCGGUUAAGCGCGCGAUGAAUUACGCCUACAGCGACGAGAAGCUUGAUGACGAGGGACUGAUGACACUGGUCAUAGAGGUGGAGAGCAUGGUGAACGCGAGACCACUGACUUACCUGCCAAUAGAUUCGGAAGAAACAGAGGCCCUGACCCCUAACCACUUCCUUCUACUAAGUUCAAGCGGAGCGAAGUACGAUCGUGAAAUUAUAGACAAAACCCAACAAAGGCUCGCUGAAUCCGGAAAUUCAUAUCGAAUACACCUUCUUGGACGUUCGUGGGACAACAUUCAGAAUCAACUCGACAGAUUCUGGACCCGCUGGAUUAAGGAAUACCUCCCUGUGAUCAGACGACAAUCGAAGUGGUUCGAGAACGUGAAGCCAUUAGAAGAGGGCGAUGUCGUGAUGGUGAUAGAUCCUGCGAAGAGGAAAGGAUGGGAAAGAGGCAGAGUUUUACAACUGAUACGGAAUCCGGAUGGGAUCGCGAGACAGGCGAUGAUAAGAACUUCAAGUGGUGAUCACAAACGCCCGAUGUCCAGACUGGCGCUCUUAGAUGUCAAAGGUCGUGCGAUUCCGGAAAACGUCGAAACACACCAGGGGGAGACUGUCGCCAAACCACCAGCUCAUCUGGCGACACUGGAUAAAUAG